AUGGCGUCUAAUUAUUUACAAGGUUAUGACGAGGCGAGGUUUGCGAUCACAGUCAAUCAAAAUUUCCUGUGUUUGAUUUGCUUCAACGUUUUGAAAGAACCAGUCAUGUGUUCUAGAAACCAGCACUGUUUCUGCCGUGCUUGUAUUACGAAGCAUCUCCAGAAUUCCCAAAGAUGCCCUACGUGUGCGGACGAACUGACCGUAGAGACUUUGGCCGAACCGCAAAGAAUGGUAAAGGAUUAUCUAAAUGAAUUACCUAUUCAUUGCGUUCACAUCAACAGAGGUUGUCAAGAGAUUGUACAACUACAGCAUCUUGACCGCCACGAGGCUACAUGUGGAUUUACACCAGCCGUUUGUACAAACCAAGGCUGUGGUGCGACUGUAAACAAGCGCGAUCUUAUUCACCAUGAAAGUGAACAAUGCGAAUUCCGAAAGUUGAAAUGUCACUCUUGUGGAGAAACAAUGAAAACGUUGGCGAAUAUGGAGAAGAGAAUUGCACAUUUGGAGACGAAUAUGGUUGCCAUGGAAACCACAAUGGGAAAGAAUAUGGCGACAAACAUCGCAGAAAUGAAAACAGAUAUGGAAGAAAAACUCGGCGCAGUCAAUAAUGAUGUCAGAGGAUUAAAAACAGCUUUGAUUGAAGGGUUUGAUCAAAUGAAGGAUGUUCUUGUCAAGAUGGAGGACAGGAUCAAGGAAAAUACAAGGAAAGUAAGAAAUACAGCAAGUGGUGACAAGGAAAAUAUAAUUGUUGCUGGAGGCGAUGAAACUGGCUCUGUGGAGAUCUUUAACUGGUCACUAAAAUUGUGGUCUCCAUUACAAUCCAUGCCAAAGAAGCGUUGGGGAGCGACCUCAUUUCUUUACAACAAUCACAUGAUGAUCGCUGGAGGGGGCUGUACUGGGUCUGGCUAUGUCGAGAAUAUGAUUAGAAUGAACAUUGACCUCAAUCCUGAUCUGUCAACACACUGGAAUGACUGUGCUGUUAAACUACCUGCCAAGUUGGCUUACCACAGCAGUGUGCUAUAUAAUAAUCAACUGAUGGUCACUGGUGGUUGUAUUGAAAGUUUCAACAAAACAUCCGAUGGUAUUCAUGAGGUCCAGCUUGUUCCCCCCUAUGCUGUGAAGAUGUUAUUAAGAAUGCCAGAACAAAGACAAGGUCACAGCACGGAGAUAAUUGAUGAUAAUUUGUUGAUCUUUGGCGGAGGUACAACUCAGAAAUCCAAAGACAACCUCAGUAGUGCUGUACUGUACAAUUUAAAGACGAAUGAAUGCAAACAGAUGGUACCACUGCCGUAUGAAGUGUGUGAUAUGGCGUCUGUGAGAUGGGGAGACAACAUUGUUGUGAUAGGCGGCGUGGGCAAAGAUGGCAAUGAGUUAGAUACAGUUAUCAUGUACAAUGUAAAGACUGAACAAAGUCACAUGUUGCCGCCAAUGAGAUGUAAGAGACGGGGAUGUGCUGCAGUUGUUAUUGGAAACAACAUUGUGGUACUGGGAGGAAUGGAUGAGCAGGGACAUGACCAGAAGUCAGUUGAAGCUUUCAACUUUGAAAGUUAUCAUUGGGAAGAACUUCCUGAAAUGUCCCAAGAAAGAUCAUUCCACACUGUUGUUGUUGUGUGA